AUGCAAUUCGCGACAAUUUCUGAUUCGUUAGUGUUUAACCAGAUCCAUUCAAACGGUGUUGUCAAUCCAAGUUACAGAAUGAGGCCUCAAAUAGUGUUGUUUGGGGACUCAAUUACAGAGCAAUCUUUCAGAUUAGGUGGUUGGGGUGCUGCUCUUGCUGAUACUUACUCUCGCAAGGCUGAUGUUGUGGUACGUGGUUAUGGUGGGUACAACACCAGGUGGGCUUUGUUCUUGUUGAAUCACCUUUUCCCUAUGGGAUCUGCAACGCCUCCGGUCGCUACCACCAUAUUUUUUGGGGCUAAUGAUGCGGCUCUUUUGGGGAGAACUGGUGAAAGGCAACAUGUGCCUGUUGAAGAAUACAAGGAAAAUCUAAGAAGAAUUGCUCAACACUUAAAGAACUGUUCCCCUACCAUGCUAAUUGUACUUAUAACUCCACCUCCCAUAGAUGAGCAAGGGCGCCUAGAAUUUGCACGGUCUUUGUAUGGGGACAAAGCAACAGAGUUGCCUGAAAGGACAAAUGAAAUGGCUGCAGUUUAUGCGAAGCAAUGUGUCGAAUUAGCUGAAGAACUUGGUCUUCCUUCAAUCAACCUAUGGUCCAAGAUGCAGAAAAUUGAGGGUUGGCAGAAAAAGUUCUUGAGCGAUGGCUUGCACCUGACAGCAGAAGGUAAUGCCAUUGUCCAUGAAGAAGUUGUGAAAGUUUUUGGUGAAGCGGGGCUUUCGGCGCCGAAUAUGCCAUAUGAUUUCCCCCAUCAUUCAGAAAUUGAUGGGAAAAAUCCUGAAAAGGCUUUCCAGAAUUUAUAA